AUGAGGCUCACUUUCGCAACUCUCUCCACGCUCCUGACGACCGCUACGACAGCAUCGCCUCUUGCUCUCGAACCGCGUCAACAAUGCAGUACAUCCUGGAGCUACCCGUAUACCGGCAGCGUAGCUCCCAGCAACUACAAGGCCUUUAACCUCGGUAGCUGCACUGCACAACUCACCUUCAACAAAGACCGAUACGUAGGAGUGCAAUGGGCAUUCGAAGCCACGUACGCGGACGGCAGUCGUGCCGAACUCAAGCCCUUCCGCGACUUCGACAGCUUUGGCGUCAGCGAUACCUUCUACCCCUACCUUGGCAACAACUUCCUCACUAAGUACCCUGGAAACUCUGCGUUCACGGCUGUGCAUGAGUUCAGCAAUGUUUGCAAGAACGGACAGGCGCCUGUCUCAUGGCGGUUCUACACCACUUCAGGAACGUCGAAUGGAUGCUACACAACGGGGCAGAUACGCGCUGUCGGUGGUCUUUCGCGUCCAGCCAAGGUUGCAGGCGUAUCUCUGCGAAGGAGCAAUGAUGCCGGAGACUUCCAGGUCAGCUGGUCGCCGGUAUCCAGCGCGACUGCGUAUUCCGUCAUUGUGGAGUACCCGACUGGUACGGAUGAAGUUGGCAACCCCUACACGAACGUGAGGGGUGCACGCGUACAGGUGAGUCCGUCAAUCGUCUUCGAAGGGCGAUACUAA